CGUCGUUCGAAAUCGAUGAAAGCGAGGGUUGCGUGGGAACUUUGGGACGGACCUUCUGUGCCCACAUAUUAGGCUGCAAAUGACCCGCGUUGUUGUUCGAGAACCUUGGGUCUCGGAUCCGCUCAAUCAUUCCUCGAUUUGCGGCCAAUGCGCUACUUGUACCUCCUCGCCGCCGCACUCGCCGUCGUUUCGGCGCAAAUCGCCUCGCCGGCAUGCCCGACGCCUCGGAUUCGGCGCGCAUGGAGCCAGUACUGCCAGGCGGACAAGGACUUGUACAUCAAGGCUGUGAGUCUUGGCAUGAAGCGCGGCUAUCACCACCGGUUCGUCGAGAUCCACAUCGAGCCUGCCUCCAACAGCGAGGCGCACGACAGCUUCUUCUUCUACUGGCACCGCGCGUACUUGCUCGCGUACGAAAACAUGUUGCGCUCGCUCGGGCCUCAGUUUGCGUGCAUCACGCUGCCGUACUGGGACUACGCGUCGCUCGGCGCCAACUUUAUCUCUGGCGGAUGCACCGACAUGCUGAGCUGUGGUCCACUUCUCAAGGACUUUGGCGGGUCGCUCCCACCAACGGCGAAGGGCCCGUACACGCUAACUGUGAAUGGGCAGGUGUUUCAAGCCGACAACUGCGUCGUGUCGCCGCUGACGAGAAAUUUUUGCCAAAACUCGACCGCGUUCAACACCAAGAAAUGCUUCAACUGCAUGCCGCGUAAUGACUGGUCCAAAGCUCCGGUGCCGCCGGACGUCAAUGCACUGAGCGUCUACAGCAACGUGCUGGGGGAUGUGCCCCCCAACCUCGACGGGGUCACGUCCGGCGUCCAAUGGGGCACCCACAACAUGGUGCACGCGGUGCUCGACUCGACGAUGGGCACGUUCGCGUCGCCCUCGGACCCGGUGUUCUAUGCCCACCAUGCCACGACCGACGCGCUGCACGCUAUCUACUACAAUUGCAUCGUGGCUGGGUCGCCCCCGAAGAACCCGUAUGACGACGACCGCACGUGGACGACGACGCGCAACUUUGCGGGCAAAACCAUUGUCCCCUCGGAUCUUAUCACGAUGAAGGUGGGCGAAGCAGGCACGGUGCCAGCGUCGAUCUGGACAGCUACGUCGAACCCGAUCUACCCGUUCUUCCAGGGCAUUCCGCAAACGUACCUUCCGUACGCGGACUCGACCAAGCUUGGCGCGUAUUCGUACAAGUACAACUUUACGGGCACGAUGCUGGAAGAUAUGAACAAGCAGUGCUCUGCAUUCAAGCCCGCGGGCGCCGUACUCCUCACAACGGACGGCGGGCCGCCGACGGCUGCCGCCACCAAGGAGAGUAUGUGGCUCCGCGACGCGACGAUCCUCGCAUCGAACUACUACACGGAAGACGCCGACAUCACGCACCAAGUGCAAAUGAUGCUGUGCGUGUACUACAACGAGUGCCUCGGCGGCGUCUUUGACUACUCGGACGAGUUCAAGACCAACUUCCACGUGUCGAAGAAGCCACCGUGCAAGCGCAUCGUCGACGACCUUGCCGGCGGCAACACUGUCAUCGGCGUGCCCGGCUGGGAGCGCGCAAUGCUCAAGACGUACCCGUGCAACGGCGCGUCGGCGCUGUUUUUGUAGAGCGACGCGGCGAUUUUGACAAAGCUCGCAACCAUCCGCUCGUCGCACGCACUAUGGAUUCUGCAUAAUGAAUGAACUUUUGCAUCCGAA